AUGGCGCUGGUCAAUCUCACAAAUAUUGUCUUCCUGUUUGCGGCAUGGAUAGCCAUCACCAUCUACCGUAACCGCAGGCAUGGUGUUACCAAUAUCCCUGGGCCUAGACAGCUUCCUCUCAUAGGGAAUGCGCACCAGCUCGGCCCUAACCCUCACCGUCAGCUCCAGCGAUGGGCUAAAGAGUUCGGCGACGUAUUCACUAUCAAGCUUGGUUGGGAAAACUGGGUCUUUUUCAACAACCCCACGGAUGUGCGAGAAAUCUUUGACAAACAGUCAGCCGUAACUUCAGGAAGGAUGCCACAGCCGGUGGUUUCGGGCAUCUUGUCUGGCGAUAAUCGCCUUUUACUCCUCACGUACGGCGAAAGGUGGCGCAAGAUGAGAGCCAUUGUCCACAAGUCACUUACGCCCAAAGCCUCGAGCACAUAUAAGCCCAGCCAGGAGUUCGAGGCGAAGCAGCUGAUACACGACAUUGCCACCGACAACAAGGACCAGAGCAGCUUCUAUAUGCACGUUCGGCGAUACACUACGUCGGUGGUAUUGCUAAGCACCUACGGCCUUCGUGUGCCAUCCUGGGACUGCGAUGAUAUACGAGAGGUUUACAAAGUGCUCGAAGACUUUUCACAGGCUGCGCAGCCUGGUGCCUACGUCGCCGAUAUGUUCCCGCCGCUCAACAAGCUACCUAAGGGUCUGCAAUGGUGGCGUGCCAGCGCAGAAGCAGCCUAUGAGAGACAGAAAGCAACGUGGAUGCGCUACUGGGACAGACUUCAGACUCACCUGAAAGAAAACAGAGCUCCUGAGUGUUUGGUAAAGCAACUUGCAGAGUCAAACCUUGAAAAGCAGGGAAUUUCAGAAGUUGAGGCAGGUUUCGCUGCGGGAUCGAUGAUCGAAGCUGGUUCCGAGACCACAUCGUCAGCUCUAAACAGCGCCAUUCUACAUCUGAUGGCGCAUCCCGAGAUUCAGGAACGGGCGCACGAGGAGAUAACUAGGGUGGUCGGCGACAAUAGGUCGCCAGAUUUCGGCGAUGAGGACAACUUGCCGUAUAUCCGCGCGCUCGGCAAGGAAAUCCUGCGUAUACGGCCUGUCACGACGAUCGGAACCCCACAUUAUACCACGGCCGACAUUGAAUACAAGGGCUAUCGCAUCCCAAAGAAUACGGUUGUCUGCCUAAGCCAGUAUGUGUUGCAUUUUGAUGAGACCCGCUGGGAGGACGGAGGCAAAAGGUUUGAUCCUUCACGCUACCUAGACUACCCUCAUAAGGCAGGAGUCUACGCAGCGUCUGGGGAUGUCAAGAGUCGCGAUCACUUCGACUUUGGCGCUGGCCGUCGCAUCUGCCCUGGAAUGCACUUGGCGGAGAAUAGCCUCUUCAUCACCCUGGCCAAGAUUCUCUGGGCGUUCCGCAUCGAGCCCGGUCGCGGGCCUGACGGGGAGAGUCUGCCUGUUGACCUUUCUGACGAGGCUUAUGAGCCUGGUAUCAAUACCUUGCCUAAGCCGUUCAAGGCUCGGUUUGUACCGCGUAACGAGACGCGGGCUCAGGUCCUAAGGAAAGAAUGGUUGGAGGCUGAAAAGGAAGGGUUUAUGCUUGGCAACGUAAAAGUGGUUAGUAAUGGAGUGGUUGUAGAUAGUUAG